AUGGAAGACACUCCCCUUCCCCCCGCAAGCACCGACCCCCGCGACCUCGCGGCCCUCGAAUCCAACCCCUCCGUAAUCUUCCCCACUUUCACCUCCAGCACCGCGUGGACCCUCGGCCUGGCCCUGCGCGAGCGCAUUCUAUCUCUCCCACCCACACAACGCAAACCGGCCCUAGUUUCCAUCGCUUUGACCGGCGGCUCCGAACCACACGUUAUCUUCCAAUGCGCGACGGAGCCGGGCACGGUGGCGGACAACGAGGUGUGGGUGCGGCGGAAGCGGAACACGGUGUUGCGGUGGGGCAUGUCGAGCUGGUUGAUGAGGCAGAAGAUGUUGAGUUCGACGGGGGCGGAAGCGAGUGAGGUGGAGGCGGCGUUUGUGAGGAAGUUUGCGUUGACGAGUACCGGGGGUGGAGGGGCGGCGGAUGAGUUUGCGAUUCAUGGGGGUGCGUUCCCGAUUCGGGUGAGGGGGGUGGAUGGGAUUGUGGGGGUGGUGGUGGUGAGUGGGUUGAAGCAGGAGGAUGAUCAUCAGGUUGUUGUUGAGGGGAUCAGGGAGGUUAUUUCGAAGAUGUAA